CUAUAGAGCGUGCUCGUGUAGUGAUUCUUGCGCGGUUUGGAAUUCGGCCGCGGUCGGGGAAGCUCCUUGGCAACGGGGCGCUGGGAAGGUUUACGGUCCGUUCACUUGCCUUCAAGUCGGCGCGGAGCAUUUAUCGUGGGGAUCUAUUUAAUUAUAAAAAUAGACCGAGUAAAAAUUAGUAAUAAUAAUAAUAAAAAUAAUAAUUGAAAUGAGGAAAUUGUAAUACGGAAUUACUUUUGGGACUCAAUAGCUGAAUUUCACCUGAGCGCUCGCGCUCUCUCACACAGGGUCUCGUGAAGUGUUUGCGCGAGCGGUGGGAAUAGAAAAGAUGCUGAGGAAACGCGAAUAUUUCGUUUUUUUACGAUAAAAAGCUAAAUGUAAUACGACGUAUUGUUUCAAACAAUAUUUAUUCGGUUGUCUGGGCUAUUCCUAACAAAAGAGUCGUGUGAACAAAGUAACUCAAGUCGGUUUAUUUCUCUCUGGACUCGGAACCACUAUGAGGAGCAGCUCAAAGACCAAUUGAAUAUAUAUUUUAAAGAGGGAGAAAAAAAUUGGAGUUUUCAGUGCAAAUAUGAGCUGUUUCUGCUCCACCCAAGAGGAAUUUUACUGCGAGGUGUUGCUUCUGGAUGAGACGAAGCUCAUUUUGACCAGCCAGCAUCAGGGCAUUAAGAAAUCCACCAAGGCCUCUACGGUGCUGGAAUACGUGUUCGGCCAUGUCAACCUUUUAGAAAGCGACUACUUCGGUCUGCGCUACUGCGACUGCAGCCAUCAGACAUAUUGGCUUGAUCCGAUAAAAACCCUGGCAGAACAUAAAGACCUUAUAGCAACCGGCCCACCGUACACGCUCUACUUCGGCGUGAAAUUUUAUGCCGAGGAUCCAUGCAAACUGAAGGAGGAAAUUACAAGGUAUCAGUUCUUCCUUCAGAUAAAGCAGGAUGUUCUGCAAGGGAGACUUCCAUGUCCUUUCAAUGUCAGUGCACAGAUGGCAGCUCUGGCGAUCCAGUCUGAGCUUGGAGAUUAUGACCCGUACAAGCACAUGCCUGGCUACGUGUCAGAAUAUCGCUUUGUUCCGGACCAGAAGGAAGACAUGGAGGACGCCAUUGAGCAGAUUCACAAAACACUAAUGGGUCAGACGCCAUCCGAAGCUGAGCUGAAUUAUUUAAGCAUGGCCAAAACACUGGAGAUGUAUGGGGUGGACCUUCAUCCUGUGUUUGGAGAAAAACAGUCCGAAUAUUUCCUGGGCUUGACACCAGUUGGUGUUGUAGUUUACAAAAAUAAAACACAAGUUGGAAAGUAUUUCUGGCCAAGAAUUACAAAACUAUUUUUCAAAGAAACCCAGUUUGAGCUGCGCGUUCUAGGGAAAGAUUGCAACGAGACAUCGUUCUUCUUCGAAGCUCCCAGCAAGGCAUCAUGUAAAAACCUUUGGAAGUGUUGUGUGGAACACCACACCUUCUUCAGAAUGGCAGAAAAUGAAGUCAACACACUGUCGAGCAAGCUGUCCAAAUUCAGCUCUCUGGGCUCCAAACAUCGUUACCGUGGGAACACCGCCAUGCAGAUGGGAAAAGAUCAGUGUGUUGUCUUGCCCAGGCAAAAUCUGGAGGUGGUGCGCACACGCAGCAAGACCUACCCAAAGAGGAGCACACAGCCCACCAGCUUGAACAAUGGGAGCCGAUCAGUCACAAAGGCAGGAAAUUCCCUGGGUGAAGUCCAGGCUAAAGCCAGCACACUCCCACCAGCCAAGAGCCCCAAAGUGUCCAAGACGGAGAGUAUUUCAGAGGAUCAGCCAAGCAAGCACACGGCCCCCUGGGACGAGAAUGCACCGCAGAGCGGACUGUACAACUCGGCCAGCGAGCGAAACAAAUCUCCCAAAUUCCCCAACGCGCGUAGACGUUCGCCCUCAGGAGGCAACGAGAACGAGGUUAUGAACUCCUCCAGGCCCAGGAAACUCCAGAGCAGUGAGGAUCCAUCCAGCAAACAGCAUCGGCGGAGGUCACGUUCCCGUGGCAACACAAGCAGCGGCAGCGAGACCGAGAAUUCCAACAGAGAGCAUCGUAAAAAGAACCGAUCCCGGCAGGAGAAUGAGAUGGUAGAUUCUGCACCACAGUGGGAGGCUGUGCUGCGCCGACAAAAGGAGAAAAACCCGAAUGACCCCAACCAUCGUCGCUCGCGCCAUCGCUCUAGAUCGAGAAGUCCAGAUGUUCAAGCUAAAGAGCAGCUGUGGAAGCAUAUACAGAAGGAGUUGGUGGAUCCAUCCGGUCUGACAGAGGAACAGCUAAAAGAGAUUCCAUAUAAGAAAGUAGAAACUCAAGGUGACCCGAUCCGUAUCAGGCACUCUCAGUCUCCCCGGAGCUACCGCCAGUACCGACGCUCACACUGCUCUGAUGGAGAGAGGUCUGUCCUCUCAGAGGUCAACUCUCGGACUGAUCUGGUGCCUCCACUUCCUGUUACUCGCACUGUAGACAUGACAGGGUCCAGCACUGCCAACUCACAGAAGAAGAAUGGGUCCAAAGACAACCUGUCGGAGAGCUCUGGGCAGGAGACAAAAAGCAGCAUCAGGGCGGCAAAAUCCUCACACAGCACUCGGACCAAAAACGAAACGUGACUACAUUCUCAAAUUUUUCACCACAAGAGGUUAGGAGAGGUCAUGGACAAUAUACCGAGACCUGGAAGUAUUUAACACUAAUAGACGAUAAUGUCAGACAGGCAUGGAGUUCCUAACUAAACGAAAUAGAGAUGGCUGUAUCCGUGCCAUGAGCUUGUCUCAGAAGUUAUUGUUAAUUUAAAACAAAGGCAUUUUUGUACUUAUUAACUGAACGAAAAUGAUCAUUGCAAGCAAACAAGUGUUUUAAAACCCCUCAUUCUAUUCCGACAAUCAUGUGAAGGAAAGGAAUCAUUAAUACACAGUGAACACUGCACAGUCUUGAAGGUGUUGCACAGAACAUUGUGACAUUUUAUACAGUAUUAAAUAUUCUUGAACUCGUUAUUGUACGUGUGGAUAUUAUCACGCAAAGCAAUUUGUAUUUGUGUCCUCCGUUGACUAAAUUCUGUAGGAAAUUGUUGCUGCUCUUACUCUUUGGAUUGUCUUUCUCUGCUGUUACGAAAUACACUGUACACGGUUAACUGUAUCUGAGCUGGAGACUCAAUAAACUAAAUAUAUUGCCGAUA